AUGGCGACGGGGGGAAUGGCGCUACUCUUAUCGCCCCAGAACCAACCACACACCUUCCGCGGGCUCGAGACGAUCGGGGUGAUCGUGUACAUCUGCGCGCUAGUGUUCUUCGUGCUGGUGACGGCGGGGAUCAGCUACCGGUUCAGCAAGUGGCCGCACGCGCUGGUUUCCAGCCUCGUGCACCCGACGGAGUCGCUGUAUUUCGGCACAGCGUUCCUGGCCGUCGCCGGGAUCAUCUCGUGCAUGGCACACUACGGGAUCCCGAACUGCGGGUACUGGCUGGUGAUCGUGUACCGGGUGCUCUUCUGGGUAUAUCUGAGCGUGACGUUCAUUGUGGCGGUGGGGGCGUACUCGAUGCUGUUCACCAACCCACGGCUCAAGAUCCAGGACAUGACACCGGCAUGGGACCUGCCGAUGUUUCCGUUCAUGCUGAGCGGCACGAUCGCGUCGGCGGGGAUCGAGUACCAGCCGCGCGCGGCGGCGAUGCCGAUGCUGUUCGCCGGGCUGACGGCACAGGGGCUGGGAAUGCUGGUGUCGUGCUUCAUGUACGCCAGCUACUCGCGGCGCAUGAUCCAGUACGGGUUCCCGUCGCCGGAGUCGCGGCCGGGCAUGUUCAUCGCGGUCGGCCCGCCCAGCUUCACGGCGCUGGCCAUCAUCGGGCUCGCCGACCACUGGCCCGGCGGCUACGACUAUUUCGGCCCCAACGCCGUCACCGCCCAGGUCCUGCGUGUCCUGGCCCUGGUCGUCGCCGUCUUCAUCUGGAGUCUGUCGCUGUGGUUCUUCUCCCUCGCCGUCGUCAGCUGUCUGGCUGUCUGGAAAACGUUUCGCUUCCACAUGAACUGGUGGGCCUUUGUCUUCCCCAACACCGGCUUCACCCUGGCCACCAUCAACAUCGGCCGCUCGCUGCACAGCCAGGCCGUCAUGUGGGUCGGCUCCGUCAUGACCGUCGGCUUGGUUAUCGUCUAUCUGUACGUCUUGGCCAACUUCGUCCGCGCCGUCUGGCGCAAGGAUGUCCUCUAUUCCGGCAAGGAUGAGGACAAUUACAAGCGCGAGAAAAUGGGCAAGGCCGAAGCCCUCGGCGUCGAUCUCGAAAAGUGUUCUUGCGGCAGGCAGGUCAAAGCCCACUGA